AUGUCCAGGGCACCAUUAAGUAAGGAAUCUAGUUUGAAGGAAUUGCCGGGAGCAGCAAAAUCGCUGAAGACAAGUGGCUCCAAGCAGGCUCAGAAACCAGUGCCCCAUCACAGAAAAGCAAGGACCCCUGAACAGCACCCCAGACAAAAAGUCGAACUCAGAGGAAAGGAGACUGGAGUGAGGAGGUACAGUCUACGGGAAAGAAAGGGCCACGUGUACCAAGAGGUCAGCGAGCCCCAGGAUGACGACUACCUCUAUUGUGAGGAGUGUCAGAAUUUCUUCAUCGACAGCUGUGCUGCCCAUGGGCCCCCAACCUUUGUAAAGGACUGUGCAGUGGAAAAGGGGCAUGCCAACCGCUCAGCCCUCACUCUGCCCCCUGGGUUAAGCAUCAGACUGUCGGGCAUCCCUGACGCUGGGCUUGGAGUGUGGAACGAGGCGUCCGAUCUGCCGCUGGGCCUGCACUUUGGCCCCUAUGAGGGCAAGAUCACAGACGAUGAAGAGGCCACCAACAGUGGAUACGCCUGGCUGAUCACCAAAGGGAGGAACUGCUACGAGUAUGUGGAUGGAAAGGACACGUCUUGGGCCAACUGGAUGAGGUAUGUGAACUGUGCCCGGGACGAUGAGGAGCAGAACCUGGUGGCCUUCCAGUAUCACGGGCAGAUCUUCUACCGAACCUGCCAGGUGGUCAGGCCGGGCUGUGAGCUGCUGGUCUGGUACGGGGACGAGUAUGGUCAGGACCUUGGCAUCAAGCGGAACAGCAGGGGGAAGAGUGAGCUCGCGGCCGGGAUAGAGCCGAAGCCCAAGAUCCAUCCAUGUGCCUCCUGCUCUCUGGCCUUCUCCAGUCAGAAAUUCCUCAGCCAACACACCCAACGCAGUCACCCCUCUCAGACCCUCCUGAGACCAUCUGAAAGAGACCUCCUCCAACCAGAGGAUCCCUGCCCAGGCAAUCAAAAUCAGCGAUAUUCAGAUCCACACAGCCCAAGCGACAAACCUGAGGGUCAGGAGGUCAAGGAGAGACCCCAACAAUUGCUGAAAAGCGUAAGGCUGAAGAGGAUUUCAAGGGCCCCUUCCUACUCAUCCGGAAGACAAAUGGGGGAUUCUGGGGUGCAUGAGAGAAUGACAGAAGAGCCCAGCACAAGCAGGAAACUGAAUCCAGAUGACACAGGCACAUUGCUCACAGGGGCAGGGGUCUCAGGGAUUAUGAGAGUCACGUACGGAGAGUGUGGGCAAGGCUCCAAGGACAGCUUCAGUCAGAAGGCCCAUCUCAUCAGACACCAGAGGACACAUACAGGGGAGAAGCCCUAUGUUUGUGGGGAGUGUGGGCGAAGCUUCAGUCAGAAGUCCCAUCUCAUCAGACACCAGAGGACACAUACAGGGGAGAAGCCCUAUGUUUGUGGGGAGUGUGGGCGAAGCUUCAGUCAGAAGUCCGUCCUCAUCACCCACCAGAGGACACACACAGGGGAGAAGCCCUAUGUUUGUGGGGAGUGUGGGCGAAGCUUCAGUCAGAAGUCCGUCCUCAUCACCCACCAGAGGACACACACAGGGGAGAAGCCCUAUGUUUGUGGGGAGUGUGGGCGAAGCUUCAGUCAGAAGGCCCAUCUCAUCAGACACCAGAGGACACAUACAGGGGAGAAGCCCUAUGUUUGUGGGGAGUGUGGGCGAAGCUUCAGUCAGAAGUCCCAUCUCAUCAGACACCAGAGGACACAUACAGGGGAGAAGCCCUAUGUUUGUGGGGAGUGUGGGCGAAGCUUCAGUCAGAAGUCCGUCCUCAUCACCCACCAGAGGACACACACAGGGGAGAAGCCCUAUGUUUGUGGGGAGUGUGGGCGAAGCUUCAGUCAGAAGUCAGAUUUCAUCAGACACCAGAGGACACACACAGUGGAGAAGCCCUAUGUUUGCGGGGAGUGUGGGCGAAGCUUCAGUCAGAAGCCCCAUCUCAUCAGACACCAGAGGACACACACAGGGGAGAAGCCCUAUGUUUGUGGGGAGUGUGGGCGAAGCUUCAGUCAGAAGUCCGUCCUCAUCACCCACCAGAGGACACACACAGGGGAGAAGCCCUAUGUUUGUGGGGAGUGUGGGCGAAGCUUCAGUCAGAAGGCCCAUCUCAUCAGACACCAGAGGACACAUACAGGGGAGAAGCCCUAUGUUUGUGGGGAGUGUGGGCGAAGCUUCAGUCAGAAGUCCCAUCUCAUCAGACACCAGAGGACACAUACAGGGGAGAAGCCCUAUGUUUGUGGGGAGUGUGGGCGAAGCUUCAGUCAGAAGUCCGUCCUCAUCACCCACCAGAGGACACACACAGGGGAGAAGCCCUAUAAGGGGCUCAAGAGGCUGAUGUCCGCCCGGCCAGCAGAAGACACCAAGGGGAGAGUGGGCCAUGUGGAGGGGGGCGGAGGCGGCCAGGCCCCACCUGACACCGUGACUGCCCUGCACCGUCACACAGGACACCAGCAGUCACGGGACGGACAGCCAGCUGCCUCCGCCCCACGCUCCACCCUGACCACAGCGGCCCCAGGGCUGUACCAGCCCCGCCUGUGGGCGGCUCUGCUUGGCUGCCGGGGCUCGGGGACCCUGGUGAGGGGCUCCCAAGACACCAAGCUGGGGUUGGCGAUGGGGGAGCUGGAUGCCUGGGAACCCGAGACCCUGCAGCAGGCCGGGCCGCUGGAGCUCCGAGCCCAGAUGCAGUUCUGUCUGAGCAUCCCCCUCCUCCAAGAAGGCGCGUCUCUGGACUCGCCGCCCGUCAGCCCCUGCCUCCCCGAGUCCUGUGUCCUUCUCAGCACAGACCACCAUCUGAAACGGCCUCCCCGCCACCUGCGUGACCUCAGUGUACCUGGCGAUCUCACGUCCUUGGUGAAGGAAGGUCCUGGCCGCCCUCAUGGCUUUCAGCUGAGUUCCCACCACAGAUUGCCGUCACGGCAGCCGGGAAGGACUCUCCACAUGGGUGUGGAGCAGGGCUCAGUGGGGCCGGAGAGAGUGGGCCCCCUGGGCCGCUCCAGUGGUCAGGGUAGACAGGAACCUCCCAGCAGUGGCUCGGACCAGCCGGCAGGCCGAUCAGCUUCCUUCUUCCUGGGACCACGAGAGGGCGAGGCUCUCAUCACUGCUCAGGGUCCUGGCUGCCCAGGAUGGGCUGCCAGUUUCACAGUCCUGAACACCCUGUGA